AUGGCUAUUGACUACGAAGUGAAAGGCAAGAUCGCUUUAGUCACAGGAGCUGGAUCUGGCAUUGGGCUCGCCAUAGCUAAACGUCUGCUUAGCAAUGGCUGCUCGGUCAUGAUAGCCGACUUGACUCUGCGCCCUGAGGCUGAAGCAGUCAUUUCCGAAUUUGCUCAUCCAUCGGGAGAGAUAGAGAAGCCUUCUGCGGCUUUCCAUAAGACGGACGUUACCAAUUGGUCCGAUCUCAGCCUACUGUGGCAGGAAACGCUGAACACAUUCGGCCGUGUGGAUGUCGUCAUCAACAACGCAGGCAUCUUCGAACCACCAUCGUCCUCCUUCUGGAAUCCUCCAGGCAUCUCCCAAGAGUCCAAAGACCCAGUUGGUGCCGCAAUAGGAUCAUACCAUGUCUUCAACGUCAACACUAUUGGGCCUAUCCGUCUAGCACAAAUUGCAGUGGAUUACUGGCUCCAAAACAGAGAGGUCAAAGGCAAUUUACUUUGGGUUUCAAGCAUGGGAGGCUACGUCCACUCAAUCCAGACGCCUUUCUACUUCGCGAGCAAGGCUGCCAUACUAAGUGUCGUUAAGUCGCUUCAGGGCUUGAAGAAGCUUGUCGGUAUCAGAAACUCAGUCAUCUGCCCUGGCCCAACAAGGACCCCGUUGUUUGAACAAGACUUUUGUAAAGAUCGACUUCCACCAGGAGACCUUGCCUUGUCGCCUGAAGAUUUGGCGGACGCGAUGAUGAAGCUGCUCACGGAAGACCGCUAUGGCGAUGGAAGCAUCCUGGAGAUUAUGCUGGUUGGAAGCAAGGAAAAGCCCGAUAUUCACCAGAAGGAAGUUCAGUUGGAAGCUCUUUAUCCAACAGUUAGCCCCAUGGGCGCUGGCACAAAAGCGAUGGAGGAGGAGUUGAACUUCAUGCAAAUGAUUGCGGAGAAAGGAAUGAGAUCCACGUGUUAG